GCGAGGAAUCAACAUGAGGAUGGCAUCGACUUCACCAAAUGUUACCGCAAGUAGUUUGAUUUCUCUUCUCUUCGUUCUCAGUGUUUCACACGCACAUCUGUAACCCAUCUACCAUGGCAAGGCCUUUUACUUGUUGCUCUCUCUCUCUCUCUCGAUCCAGAGGUGGUUGGAGAGAGGCCAUUGUACAAGGACGAAGAGCUCGGGCAGGUUGACGAAAGAAAAAGCUGAGGUGGGGAAGGAGGAAGGCACGGGGCCGCCGUGGUCAUGGCGGGGACCAUCCUGGCCAUGGAGAAAUGUCCAAACUCGGGCGGCGACUCCAUUACAAGAAGCAAUUGGUGAUGGAACAGCGAUCAUUUUGUUUACCUCUUCGCAUCAGAAUGUUGGAAUCUUGAAGGACGGGGAAAAAAAAAGGAGGUCUUUUUGAGGCUGAAAUCUUCGCGAAGUGGGAUCAACCAAAUGAACGACGCAUAGCGCGGGGAGGGAGGUGGGAGAAAUGGGGAGCAUCGGCAGCGAGGAGCCGGCGCAGUGGGAGAAGGCGGAGGGCGGUGGCACUGUUGGGGAGGAGGAGAGGAUACUGGUCUCGGUGAGGCUGAGGCCGCUCAAUGCCAAGGAGUUGGAGCGCAAUGACACCUCGGAUUGGGAGUGCAUUGAUCGCACCACCGUCGUCUUCAAGAACAACCUCCCCGACCGAUCCAUGUAUCCAACAGCCUAUACUUUUGACAGAGUUUUCGGGUCAAAGUGCGGCACAAGGGAUGUGUACGAGGAAGGAGCCAAGGAAGUUGCUCUUUCUGUUGUAAGUGGAAUUAAUGCAACUAUAUUUGCCUAUGGGCAAACUAACAGCGGAAAGACAUACACAAUGACAGGGAUAACCGAGUAUAGUGUAGCAGAUAUCUAUGACCACAUAAAGAGGAAUGAGGAGAGAGAAUUCAUUCUAAAAUUCUCAGCUAUGGAGAUAUACAAUGAAGUGGUUAGGGAUCUCCUCAGUAUGGAUGGUUCCCCUCUUAGGCUACUUGACGAUCCAGAGAGAGGAACUAUAGUGGAGAAACUUACAGAGGAAACUCUGACGGAUGAGAACCACCUCAAGGAGCUUCUUUCCACAUGUGAAGCACAAAGACAGACAGGGGAAACCUCCCUAAAUGAAAUGAGCUCACGAUCACAUCAGAUACUCAGAUUGACAAUUGAAAGUUCUGCUCGAGAGCUUCUGAAUAGGAACAGCUCAAGCACUCUUGCAGCCACCGUGAAUUUUGUUGAUCUUGCAGGGAGUGAACGAGCAUCUCAAACUGGUGCUAGACUGAAGGAAGGCUGCCACAUUAAUCGAAGUUUGCUUACCCUUGGAACUGUCAUACGCAAGCUAAGCAAGGGAAGAAAUGGGCAUAUUCCAUAUCGAGAUUCAAAAUUGACACGCAUACUGCAGUCUUCCUUGGGAGGUAAUUCAAGAACAGCUAUUAUUUGUACAAUGAGCCCUGCACGAAGCCACAUCGAGCAGUCCAGGAAUACCCUUCUAUUUGCAAGCUGUGCAAAACAAGUAGUUACAAAUGCACAGGUCAAUGUAGUGAUGUCUGAUAAGGCAUUGGUUAAGCAUCUACAAAGAGAAGUUUUCAGAUUGGAGAGUGAACUGAAAUAUCCAGGAUCGGCCUCCUGUUCUUCUCAUUUUGAAGCCCUAAGGGAUAAAGAUGCUCAGAUUGAAAAGAUGGAGGGAGAAAUCAAGGAGCUGAUACAGCAAAGAGAUCUUGCUCAAUCUCAACUCAAAGAUUUGCUUGCCACUGUAGAUGAUGAUCAAGCUUCAAGUCAAUGGCAUGAACUGAGUCACGCCUCUGUAUCACAUGUGCACAAUAUGCCUGAGGAUGUAUGUUCCAUUUCUGGAACAUCAGGUAUUGCAUAUCAAAGUUCAGAGUUUGGCUCUAUAAGUUUUGAUGCACCACAUCAAAGCAACAAUGAAUAUCAUGUAGAGCUUUCUGAUAAACUGGACAUAGUUCCAGAUAUCUCACCUAGGCACUCAGUCAGCAGUUCUAUGUCUACUGGAAUGAUCUUACAGCAGACAAGGGACAAAAGUUUUGAAGCCUCAUCAAACGAUUUUGAAGACCAUUACAGGGAAGUUAGGUGUAUUGAGAUACAUGCUUUAGGCACAAAUAGAAUUGAGGAGUUCAAUCCACCAUUGACUGAAGAAAGUGAUAAUCUACCAUCUCAGACUGAUUUAGACAAGCUUGAAGAUACUGGACCACAAUCUGUAAGCUAUGCAUUUCUAAGACCUGAAACGGAGCAAUCAGUGAAGAGCAUAUCAGAGACAAUUGAUGAUUUCAUAAAAACAUGUCUUGAUGAUAUGUCUCCAUGGCCCACAAUGCCAAAAAUAAUGACUUUCAGGGAGUUGCCACUAACUAGAAGCAGAAGUUGCAGGGCAAGCCUUAUGACUACUUCAUCCUCUUUUUGGACUGAAGAGGCAGAGCAGCAUGACGGGAGACCACCUACGAACUUCUUGAAUGAGUUUCCUGUCAGCCUUGGCUGGAUUCCAAGAAAAAUUUCUGUGCCAUUGAAUGAUAUAAAAAAUGAGGCACACUCAUUUGAAGGAUCCCAGAACAUGGAAGAGCCUAUUCCUAGUCAUGUCAUUGAAGACCAGAAUAUUAGGAUUGUUCCUGAAGAGGAUAUUACCAAUGCCAGUAACUUUUUUUCAGGAGUGGUUCAGAUGGCUCAGAUCCAGCAUCAAAAGGAACUUACUGAUGAUCAGGAGACUCAAUGGGCCCAAGUUGAAGAAUUCGAAGUUGAGAAAACUGUAAAGGAUGUUGGAGUAGACUCAGUAUUGUAUUCUAUUGAAUCUCCUUCGAGAUGGCCAAUAGAGUUUCAGAGAAAGCAGCAGGAGAUAAUUGAACUUUGGCAUGCAUGCAAUGUUUCCUUAGUCCACAGGACUUACUUUUUCCUACUUUUCAAAGGUGAUCCAUCCGACUCCUUCUACUUGGAAGUGGAGAAUAGAAGGCUGUCCUUUCUAAGAAACACUUCUCUUCCUGAGCAUUCUAACAUGAUAGUGGCUGAAGAUGGUCGUACCAUUAUGUCCUCCUCAAGCUUGAGAUAUCUUCGUCGCGAAAGGCAAAUGCUGUACAGGCAAAUGCAGAAAAAGUUAUCCCUAGAAGAAAGGAUCACAAUCUAUUCCAAGUGGAGAAUUGCUCUCAACACCAAACAGAGGAGCCUGCAGCUGGCCCAGCUUGUCUGGACAAAAACUGACAUGCCACAUGUCAGGGAGAGUGCAUCGCUUGUAGCCAAGUUGAUUGGAUUUCAGGAGCAAGGGGAGGCCCUCAAGGAGAUGUUUGGACUCAGUUUCAUACCACAGCAAACUAACCAUAGAUCCUUCAGCUUCACAUACAGGAAGUCUUUGCUCAUGUGAGGAAUACGUUCAUAUGGUUCACAAGGCACUUCAUAAAUAGAAUUACACCUGAAGCACUUGGCUGAUUGAACCCUGUGGAUUCUGCACACACAAGCUUCCACGACUCUGCAGUUACUGCCACUAGUAAAUAGUAUUUGGAGUAGCAGUGCUACUCAGAUUGUUUGAUCUCAUCCAUAAAGUCAACUAAGCUACAGCAAGCAUAGAGAGGACUUUCAAAUGAUGUGAGAAGUCAAUGGUGGAAGGAGUCGUUGGUCUAAAAGUCAAGGCAAAAGAACAGAAAACGUGUGGAACUUUGCAGAGUGCAACCUCUCAGGGCCUGUGAUCUCAUAAUAAAUCUUUUGCCUGCCUGAAAGAGAGAGGAGGAAGAAGAAGAAGAAGAAAUGGAAAGGCAACCAAUUGCAUCCACUGGAUCCAAAGGAAACAAGUGGAAGCUUGCUUUACCUUCUUCUCUUUGGCUGGGGAUUUGACUGAGCCUUGGUUUUGUAAUGGUUCAUUUAGAAUUGGUUCUCUUCUCAGUGGAAGCUUUCCAGUCAACAGCUAGAAGAUUAUUCUAUGCAGGCACCAGUCUUUUUUGUGCAGCAAUUCAGAUGCUGGCCAUCACCACACCACACCACCACACAAAUCUUGUUCUGCCAAAGCAAAUUCUGGAUUCCUGAACAGUCUGUGUGACCUGUUCUUCCAAUGCUUGCUUUUAGCACCACAAACACCAACUUCAAGAAGGUGAGCUUGCUCAAAUGGACCUGCAAAUUUGGAGCUGGUCUUAAAAAAAUCUCUACCAGAGAAGGUGAUCAGCAUUAGCAUUCAAGUGGAUGAUUGUAUCAUCUCUAAGAUUCUUGGAAAGCUAUGUUCCACACAGAGAUUUGCUCCAAGGAUGAUAACUUGAUGAUCAGGGAAUACAAGCCAAGAAGGAAAAAGUAAAAGAUGAUGACACAAGGGAAGAUAAAGUUGGCAAGCUUAAAGUGAAAGGCCACCUAUUCAAAGUUGCAUCACCUUCAAGACUACUACAUGCAUCUCCAUCAAUUGCCAUCAGCUCCUCCAAUAAAGAAAAAAGCAAGCAAAGAAAAAGAAAAGACCACUUAGUAAUGCUAUUUUCCUUUCAUUUUUUUUCCUUUUUCUCAUGAUGGCUUAGCAUGAUUCUCGCAGCCAUCCUGCAAUAAUGUCAAUGGUGCUAAUCCAGCAUGGUGUGUAAACAGAUAAUGUAAAAGAAGACAUACUAUAUAGUAUAUAUAUUUCUUUUCUUAUUA